UCUCUCCAUCCCUUCCUUUUCCUUCCAUUAUCACUCACUCUCUCACUCGCUCGCUCUCUCUCUCUCUCUCUCUCUCUGGUGUUAAAGAACGAAAGGAAGAAAAGGGAGUGGCAGGAUGUUACUAGGGAAGCGUCCAAGGGGACCCAUGAGAAGAACGGCAAGCAUGACUGGUAUCACCGUUGAUCUUCCUAGCAACGUGGACGCGGGCUCAUCAGAGCCUAAUUCCGAUAAUAAUGAUACCCUUCAUGCAACUGCGGGACCAGAAGAAGGGUCUCUUGAUUAUCAUCACAACAACAACAUGGUGGAUGCUUUUGAUGGUGGCAAUACUAGUGGAUUCUUAUUACAUGAUCAACGUUUAUUGGCCACCAUGGUGUCACCAAGAAACCACUACAGGAGUAGUGACUCUAGUGAUCAUUUUGUGGAGGCUGCUCAUUUCUUGAGGACUUGUGGACUUUGUAAACGCCGGUUGGGUCCUGGGAAAGACUUAUUCAUGUAUAGGGGAGAUAUGGCAUUUUGUAGUCAAGAGUGCAGAGAACAGCAGAUGAAACAAGAUGCGAGAAAAGAAAAGGGCAAUGUUAUGAUAGCAUCAAAGAACGAGGAUCGUCGUGCAUCAGCAUCCACAAAAAGCUCCAAGUCUUCUCGUAAAAGUGAAACUCUGGCUGCUGCUUGAGUAAAGCCAGACACUACUACUGCUCUUUAAGAGAGACAAGAUCAAGUGUGAUAAAUGGUAACGCAUAACGUUAUUGUAGAAUUUACUGGCAAAAAAUGUAAUUGCAUAUUAGCCAACCAAUCUCCUCUACUAUUAAUGAUCAGCCCACAUAUAUUUACAUGAUUCCCUGCACCACAACAUGUGGAAAACAAUAUUACAGCUAAUUAUCAUGUAAAAUAUGGCAGAAAAUGAAUGUGGGUGCAGUUAUGUAUUGAGAUGCCAAUAGAUCUGGUCUUUUUCCCGCA